GGAAAGAAUUUGAUCAUAAAAGCAAAACUGUUUCUGUUUGAAAGGACCUUGUUUUAGCUAUCUUUAUUAUUGAGUUUUGUUAUCCCUUUUUAAAUUUUCUAGACGUUUCCACUACCUCUACUAUAUUUUGGGAACCAAAUCACGGGACUGUUCAGCACAAAGAAACUGAACUUACCAAUGUUUACAGUUUUAAGAAGGUUCUCCAUCCUGUUUACAAUGUUUGCUGAAGGAGUUUUACUCAAGAAGACUUUUUCUUGGGGUAUUCAGAUGACCGUAUUUGCAAUGAUUAUUGGAGCCUUUGUAGCUGCCAGCUCUGACUUGGCAUUUGAUCUGGAAGGAUAUGUUUUUAUUCUGAUAAACGAUGUACUGACAGCAGCAAAUGGUGCAUACGUAAAACAAAAAUUAGAUUCAAAAGAGCUGGGGAAAUAUGGUCUCCUCUAUUACAACGCACUGUUCAUGAUUCUGCCCACCCUCGCCAUUGCAUAUUUCACAGGAGAUGCACAAAAGGCAAUGGAGUUUGAAGGUUGGGCCGACACCCUCUUUCUUCUACAGUUCACCCUCUCCUGUGUGAUGGGGUUCAUCUUGAUGUAUGCCACAGUGCUCUGCACUCAGUAUAAUUCUGCUCUUACAACUACAAUAGUUGGCUGUAUUAAGAAUAUAUUAAUAACUUACAUUGGAAUGGUCUUUGGUGGAGAUUAUAUUUUCACAUGGACAAAUUUCAUUGGCUUAAAUAUCAGUAUUGCUGGGAGCCUGGUGUACUCGUACAUCACUUUCACUGAGGAGCAGCUGAGCAAACAGUCAGAGGCCAGUAACAAGCUGGACAUGAAGGGGAAAGGAGCAGUGUGACCAGAGGACUGCUCCAACUGCAUGUGCCCAAGUUUCUAAUCAACUCAGAACUCUGGCAGAUGCCAAGAUGAUUACGAGAAAAUGCCAUUCCUUUUGCACUUGUACAAUCCAAGGAUUGAUUGCUGCCUUUUGAAAUUUUAUGAGAGAAACUUAUAAUUGACUCAAUUUUAAAUAUAUUGUUUGAAUUAAUUUAUAUCAAACUGGAAAAUGUACUGGGCUUUUUAAUUUAUUUUUCUUCUGUUCUGACAGUGAAACAGCAGUGUUUUGAAAAUAUUUUAUUCCAUAGUUUGAUAUCCAGGGGUCCCUGAGAGCUGCAUAUAUAAUGUGCUCCUACUGGAGCCUUAUCAUUCAAAUCAUUGCUGUGUCUGGAGUAGUUUGAUCUUUCUUUUGCCAGAAAUGCAGCCGAUCUGAAAUUUCUUUGAAUUUUAUUUCUUAUUGAUUGCAUUGUCUUCAUAAAUAUUAUAUUUGCCAAAGAUAGCAACUUUGGUACUAAAAAAAAAUACAUGUUUUUUUGGAAUGUAUUGUUUUCCAUGUUCACUUUCUUGAGAACUGAUGGGAUGAGCAGAGUGAUUCCUUUAAAAUGUUGUUCCCUCUCUGUUAUGUAGAAUGGGAUAAUGAAGGGAUGGAGGAAGUAGGCAUUGUACUCUUUACUCAUCUAUUUGACUCAUUCAUUCAUCCAACUACAAUGUACUGAGUGUAUGUGUCAGGCAUUGGGCUAAGUGCUGGACACCAUUUGGGGAAGUAAUUGGAAGAUCUCCUUCCUGCCUUAGUGACUAAAGGGUAAGAUGGAGAAUUUAGUUCUUAGAUCAUUCAGAAGAUUUUGGGAUUAUGAGUAAGUUGUUUCACCUCUCAGAAACUGCAGAUGUGUAAAUGGGGUUAAAAUACCUGCCCUACCUAUCCCACACAGUGUGAGUCCAAAUGCUGCAAUGUGACAUUGAGGUGAAAAGCUGCAUUGUGUAAACCAGCUCAGCUCAGGACUGACCCCUUGUCUACAAGGAUGGCAGACAGGCAAGGUGAUCACCACCUCUUUCCCUAUGCCUGCCGCCUCUGAGUUUGGUUUCUCUUUUUACUUCUCAGAUCAGUAUGAUGAGGUCCCACAUUUGUCAAUGACUGGUUUGAGAGGAAAAGCUGGUUGGGAUUUUUGUAUUGUCAGGGCUGGACCUUUCUUUGGCAGUGUCAGCGUUCCUUCCUUUUUAAAUGGCAUGAACGUACCUCUCCUUGGGUCUACCCACCUAGAUGCUCUGUCUGCUGCAUCCUGGGACAGGACCUGUGAAGGAACAUUGCCUGAAUUGCCUCAUGGGGAAGUGUUAAACACAGUUCCAUGGCUUGGCUCAGAGACAUCCAUUGACUGGAGAGGAGUGUGUUUGUCAGGCUGGUAGUACAGUCUGUACCAGAAGCUGGUACCUUUGCCCUACUGUACACACUAGUUUCUGUUUGAGUUUGGAAACUACUGGGCUCUGUUGACCUAAAACUAUUAAUAUUUUGGUGUCUCAACAGGAGACUAGGAAAAUUUUGAUUUUUUUCUUUCUAUUUGUAAAAUUAUAUUGAACCCCACCAUAGGCUCACUUUUUUCCAGGAUCAUCUGAACUAAAAAAAUUCUAGUGCAAGAAUAUUGUGUCUUAUUUAUCUCUAUUUUACUUAUAGACAAACAGGAAUCAGAGAAAAUAGAUGACUUGUUUAUAAAUCAAACUCCACAUUUUUUUCCAUUAAACCAUGCUCCAUUUGAUUUAACAGCCUUUCCGUAAGGAAACAGGGAUGCCAACUGAGUUAGCUUGAAUUCUUUCAAAGAGGCAAGUGCUUGACUGAAUUUGGUGUCAGAAAGAAAUGGACUUUGCAAAUUAGGGAGAAGGACAGGGUACCCUCUAUCAUGGAGCCUUUAUUCAACCUCCAGGCUGAUCUCAGUUGAUAUGUAGUUUAGGCUAUGAAUGUUGCCUAUAACUGCCUGGUUUUGCUUCGAUGCAAUAGCUUAGCUAGAGAUAAUUUGAAUAAUUCUGUUCCUUCUGUCAGCCACGUGAAGGAGGUAACUUUGUUAUUAGAAAGCCCUUUGGAUAUGUCAAGACUAGAACUCCUCCAGGGAUUGAACUGCUUCUUGAGGAUCAGGUUCCCUUAGAAGUCUGUCUCUUUUCCAGGUUAAUUUGAGAAAAUCAUGUAUAAGUAGAGCUCAUGGAAUGUACUACCUCAGAGCCCCUGUCUGUGUUGAACCUUCUGACUGACAGGAGCAGGUACAGCAUCUUACAGCUUCUGCUCUGUCUGUGUUCUGAUUUUGAGAGACCUCCUUCAGCUAUUGCCACCAUUUCAAGAUAAGAUAGAGUGGCAUGGGUAAGUUUGAGAUUGAAUAGAGUGGCUGGCCACUUUUUGGAGCUUGUGGUUUUCUGGUAUAAUACAGUGUAGACAUUUGCUCAAUAAUCUGGUGUCUCUCAGAAUGUCUGGAUUUUGUUCCAAGGUUGAUGAGCAAAAAUGCUUUGACCUAUUAACUCCCUUCUGAAAGGAUAAGAGGCAGUAUAGAGUUAAAUCCUUAGUUUGCCCACUAAGACAGAUGAACUAUGUUGAGAAUUCUGAAAGGAGCUAAUGGCUCCUCUCCUUGAGUUAAUGAAGGUGAAGUCCUCUGGCCAAUCUGCUUGUAGUAAAUGUGACAUAGAUUAGAAUAAUCCUGGUUGCCUAGACUGCACAUUGCUACCAUGUCACUUAAUUUUAAUUGCUGCAUGUGGCUGUCAACUAUGAGUUAGUCGUUUGUAACAUCCAUCUUGCAUUUAGAUGAAAAAAAAAUGCAUUGGCAAAUUUUCUGUAAUCCUAUCAUAUCAGAAAUCCAUGGGAGAUUUCAAUUGAUAAAGCUGAGGUAGGUUCUUCACCCAAAUAAUGGAAUUUCACAUUUGAUUGGCUUGGAAGAGUACCUAAGGCUUUGGGGCUGCCUUUGCUUUUUUUUUAAUCAUGGGCUUGUUCAGUGGGUGAAUAUUUGAUUAAAAGCUGUUGUAUAUCAAGCAUUUUGCUAAGCAUCGGGGAAUGGAUGAAUAGGACAUGGGUCUCGCUGUCAAGGAGUAUACAAUUCUUUAGCUGAAGGUGGUGGCCUGGACCCAAAUUGAGAGGGGAAACAGAUAAAAGGAGUCAAUGAUUUGUGAACUAGAGCUGCAUGCACAGUUACCAGGUCACUGUACUAUGGUGCCCUUCCCAUAGAGGAAAGCAACUUUUUAAUCUGAGAGGUCUUUUGUAACUCAAAUCAGUCUUCUAAGUUUGAGAUAAGACAACUUUGAGAAUUCUGUGCAUAGCCUGGGUUCUUCUUCCUCAGCUGCUAAUGUUCUUGCUUCCCCAUAAUUAUGUAGUACUGUUUCCUGCUAACGAAAAAGGCUGUAAUUGAUUUUUCCCUCCCUGAGGAAAAAUGUUUAUAAUAAAUGAGAUAAUAAAUAUGAAAUAACUUAAUGCAGUGUCUAGUACCUAUUAGGCACAUAGAAAAUGUGGCUACUGUCCCUAUUUCAUGAUGGGAUUAUAGGCAAAACAAGGUUCUUAAUUUGUGCUCCUUAAAUGAAAGAGGCCUAGACAAUGUAUUUCCUGACCUUGGAAUGUUUAGUUACCUAUUUCUGUUCACUGUCUUUUCUUUUUUAAAUAGCUGCUUGAUAUAAUUGUAACCAUUGUGUGAUGCAGGUGAUUCUGUUUAAAAAAAAAAAAAAAGUUACUUUCAUAGUAUGAUGGUAAAUUUCAAAAAAGGAAAGCUAUUUUCUAUAUCAGAGGAAGAUCAUUACAUUUCAUAAUGGUAAUUCAGUUAAAACUUCCUCAGUUUGUCACUUAACUCUACGGCCAGACGGUCUUCCUUCCCUUCUCAGAAUGAAUGCCCUUGACUGUGUGCUGCCUCUGCUCCCAGGCAUGAGCUGUUGGCAUAUGUGCAUCCCUGGCGCUCGUACCUCUGUUUUCUAAACCCGUCUUCCAGUUUUUAGUGUCAGGAUGCUUUGGUGUUUGUUUUGAUGUCAUUGUUUGUAUGUUUUGUUUUUUAGCUUUGUUUAUAAUUAAAAAUACUUUUUAAAAAGAAAUCUACUGGCUAGAUUUAUUGUUUCAGAAAACUGUUUUUAGAAAUUAUUUUGUUCACAAAUAUUUUCUUUCUCAUGCUGAUGAUCAACUAAUUUUUGUCUAAAAAUGUUAGCCUUUCAUAAUAUUUUUUCAAUAUAGAUUCUAUUGACCGAUUUAUUUAGUGUUUUUAAAAGGUUCUGAGGAUUGAGUUAUGUAAAUCAGGUGACGUAAACAUGAAAAUUAUGUACCUAAAUAUUUUUGUAAUGGUGUCAAAUAAAUACUUUUUCCUGAAAA